CUCAUUAAUUCUUAUGUUUGCUGGUGACAGAUCUCCCUGUCCGGGGAGGAGGAGGAGGAGUGUGUGGAAAUGCAGUCACUGGGUGGAGGCUGGAUGAAAGCAGCGGGACCUGGGCUUCAUGUGGGCGGCAGUGAGUUCAAGGUGAAGCGGUCACGUUGUUUUAUUGCGGUCAGUGGACUUACUGCUCCGUCCCGCAACUCCGGAGGGUGGCUCAGGAGAGGCGCUACCCCCUGGAGACAGCCAAGUAGCUUCCUGACCAAGUGGAAAAAGAAUGGCGAGGAACUGAAAGGAAAUGUUAAUAUGGGAGAUACUUGUGCACCAACUGUAACCAUGGAAACCAGGGAGGAUAUUUUGGAACAUAAAACUACUUGUGUGUCCAACUCCGUUGUUAUGGAAAUAGAAGGAACAGAAAAUGGCACUUUUCAUCAAGAAACCAUUACUGUGACUGCUGAAAGAGAACAUGCUGGGUUAAAUUAUCACCAGCAAAUGUUGAAACCUUGUGCAUUAACAGAACCUGCUCUUUUAGCGAGCGUAAAAGAAGCCAGUGGUGAAAAUCAAAACAACAAUGCAUCUGGCAUUGAACUUUCUUUCCAAAUGGAUAGCCUAGAUCAAACGGAGCAAGUACCUUUAGUGUUUGGAAGCAUGUCUUCAUCCUAUGAAAUGCCCGAAGCGAUUUAUGCUAUUAUUCACAAAGAUCACUUCAAAGAUUCUUUAACUAAUGUCCUGAGUACAGCGACUGCUCAAUCACUGGAAGAGGAUUUAGAGGUGACAUGCCAAGGCAUUGCAAGUGAACCUUUCACACUGACCACAGCUGCAGCAGUUGUAGAUGAGUUCAACCAAGAGGCAACAGUGAGGGCCUUCCAAACUACCAGUGAAACUGAAAAUGAGUCAGCCACUUCUGCAGUCACUGGGCCGAAGGGGUAUUUAACAGCAAAUUUGUCAAUAACCAACGAGAAUGAAAAAAUAGAAGAAACCAUUCUAGAAGGCGGCGGAAAUAAAGAAAUUGUUGAACCCUUCUCCACAACGGGUCAGGGCAUGAAUGGUCUGUCAGCCACUCACCCGAUUGGAUUUAUAACAUUUUAUUCGAUCAGUAAUGGUAAUAAAACAUCAAACAGAAGUAUAACUUAUCACAGGGAUUCAGAAUGUUUGCCAAAUGACACUGCUGUGCAAUAUGUGGAAGAAUUAGAAACUGCCGGUACAGAGAAAUUCAAAUUCAUUAAUAAACAUUCAAAUUACUUCAUUUAUGAAAGUCAAUCUAACGGGAGUGCACCUUCCCGAAGUAAGAACCUUGCGUUCAAAGAAAUGGAAACAGAGGAUAGGUCGCUAAGCAGUAAAACUAACCAGAAUGAUGAAGUGAAAGUUAAGCCUAAUAAUACCAAGUUUCAAUCUGCUGAACAGAAUCAAGAACAAAACAGCCAGACCGAAGCAUCAGGCAAUGAAAAUGUGGACACAGAACAUAUGGAUUUUGCCACUGCCCGCAGACAGUGGUUGCUAUUAGAAGAAAUUAGCAAAAUGCAAAACCAUCGGCCACUGGUCAAAUCACAGAAGACCAAAAGUUUAAUUAAACGUAUUUUUAAAGACAACACUGAUGGUCCUUCCGUUAUGGAACUUACAAAUAAAGUGACAGCUCAUGCAGAUUCUGCUUCUUUCUCUGGAGAUAAAGUACAAAGCAGCACAUCAGAAGCAAUCAAAAUGCAUGAAGUGGAAUCCUGGAGAGAUUUGACAAACCUGCAUAACAAAGUUGGCAUUGCUGCAUUACAGGAGAACAAGGGUGGAGUGGAGAAUUUAGGGCAGAACCUGUUCUUGAACAUAGCAGAUUUUAGUGCUUGUUCCGAAGACAGUGAUUCUGGUCUGGAUGACUCAACAUCCAGAUCUGAAAGUGACAAUUUAACUGACACAAUAUUUCAGAAUGAAGCUUCAAGCUCUGUGUCGGCCACAAAUGGAAAAGCUGAAACACCGAUUGAAAGAGAGAUCCGUCUAGGUGUGAAACGAGAAGAAAGCCUAAGGAAGGCCAGGGGCAUUAAAAAACACCCCGGCUCUGAGGAGUAUGUCGAAAUCAAAACCAGGCCACUUAUUUUUCAGCCAGUUCCUUCCCCUUUGGCCAAAGCUAAAAUUAAUCAAUUUGCUGAGAUGCAGAUGCAGCGUGAAAUCUUACUUGAGCGCCAACGGGAGGAAGACCUUGUCCAGCAAGGAAAGGUAAAGGGAACAUAUGACCAAAGUCUGAUUCCAGAGAUUGAGGAGAGAAGGAAAUUCUUUGAACAACAUUAUCCUUUUCCACUACCGAUAAACAGCAAAAUGUUUAACCUCCAUAUUACUCCUGCACCUUCGACAAUGAAAAAGUGUUCUUUCAAUAAUGAAGUGAAUUUUGACAACAAUAGAUUGGAAAAUAGUUUAUUCAAUUCUUCCAAGGAAGAGAAGACAGGCGUUGGUGAUGAAAUAUUGAAGUUUAAAUACCCAACUGCCGAAACCUCUAACGUUGUGAUACUGGAAACUUCAGAUGUGGUCCUACGCCGUUCCUCACACUUUUCACUAUCAUCGAUCUCAUCUCCACUGUCAGAGGACUUACUGCAAAAGAACCCCUUCUUCAAGCUCCGCUCAAAUGGAUCUGAAUCCAUUCUGAAUCAGGAGAUUAAAGAAGUCCUGCAGCGAGAGGAAGAGCUUCGUAAACAAAGGUGCUUUCUUCAUGGAAUGGAAAAUUCAUCUGAAAGCAGUUUACCAUCUUCAGCCAUUACUGGUAAUUUGUCACCAGGGUUCCUUUACAGAACACCAAUAUUGAAUGCAGCACAAGCCGUUCCUGCUACAGUUGAGGUAUCACUAGGCAAGCACAUGGAGAUAGCAAGUUAAUCGGAACCCAGAGGAGCAGGACAUAAGGGCAACAAAAUCAUGUCACAGGAUUGCCAUGACUCUGCACUGGGAGACUGUGUAUGCACUAGCAACUACAGAAAUGAAUAGCACUCGUAGAGGAACAAAAUGAAUUGAAUUGCAUACUUCAGCAAAUAAGGUUGUUGAACUAAGUUCAGACCCAAAGGCCACAGUGUUCUGCACUUCCAUAUGCUUUGAGCUAUUACAUGAUUAAUACACUUUCUUAAUCAUUUAAAAUAUUCCUUCACUUCUUUUAAUUGACGAACAAUUGUACUAUUCAUGUCCUAUUUGCAUACUCUUUUUAUUUUCUCUCAAUGGUUUGAAAUUUCAGCUUACAUAAGUAGAUGGACUUUGUGAUUUCAGUGAAAUGAGCUGUCCCUGUAACUGGUCUAAAGUUUCAACUCAUAAACCUCAAAACAAAAGGAGAAACAUGUGAAACUAAUAAUUCCAUAAGCUUUUAAUUUGUUAAAGUGUUUAUAAGAAGAUAUUAAUGUGGAAUUUAAAUAUAAAAGGAUAAUGGUUUCUCAGAUUGCACCUAAUACACUUCAGAAUAUGAUGUGUUGUAAUAUUUUUAAAAAGCUCCUUGCAAAAGAUGCUUCAUUUUCCCUAUUACUGCAAAAGCCAAGUCUUUGUAAAAUGCUGCCAAACAGGGUAGGGACCAGGUGUAAAGAACAGAUGUGGCCAAUCCAGUAUUGCAAAAGAUGUAGUAUAGCUCUUUACUGCAUGUAAACCUAAUUUAAAAACAAAAAGAAAAUUCUGAAAAUACUCUGCAUUAAAAGCAAAGUCACUGAAAUAUUUAACUUCAGAGCCAGAGCAGAAAACAACAGUCAGUGGUCUGGAAAGAAACCUGAGGCAAGGAACCCAACUUCAGGUGGAACAAACAGUAUUUCACAUGUUGCGUGAAGAGGCAGGUGUAGUUAGGUCUAACAGUUCCUUUUUAGUGUAUAACCUAUUCAAUAUGAUAACAAAACCAGCACAUUUUCUUCUCCCUCCUAUCACCUUGAUUCGCUCCACAACAACCUCCAACAUCCCUUUCCUUUUCACAGCACCUUUCUAAGCAAGUACAGCAUGUGCAACACAUUUCACUUGUACCUCUUCACAACCUCCCAGGUUCAUAAACAGUUGUUUCAGUUGUAACAACAAUUUACUAGUACUUGUUUCUGUUUAGUAAGCUGGAUAUACUGCUCACUAUACAGUACACUCCAACAUUAGUGAAUGGCAACUUUGCAGUUUCCCCAUGGAAUCCAUAUGGGUAAUACCAACCUGCUGGUUCCCUUUCAUUUUAAUUGUCUGCCCCACUCCCACUGUGUCUUCUGACACCUGCACAUUUCCAAUGAAGCUUAAAGAACUGAAUUUCAUCUUUCAGUUAAUCAUUUUACAGUCUUCUAGACUUAAUGUUGAGUUUAAUAACAAAAUCAUGUGUUGCCCCAAAUUCGUUCAAGAGACAGCUGUUGAUGAUGAUGAGCCAUUCCGGUCUUCAUUCUACCUGUCUCAUUAUCACCUCUUGUUUGCCUUGUACAAUUACCCUAUUUGUCAAACAAACUUGCCCUCCUAUCGCAAAGAUUUACUCUUGCUGUAAACCUAUUUCUCUUUUCUGCUUUAGUGCUUGUUAAAAACAUUAAUUAAGUUUGUAACUUUUUCAAAUUCUGAAUAGAAGUGAUUGACCUGAAACACUAACUCUGUUUCUGUCUCCACAAAUGUUGUCCAGAUUCUUGAAUAUUACCAGCAUUUUCUGUUUUAUUUUUUCAUUUCAAUUUUCCAGCAUUGCAGUAUUUUGCUCUUGUAUUGUAGCCUAAGCUAAGCGUGGCCAUAAGACCACACUUAGGUAUUUAACAGUAAACUUCUUUCAUUUUACUAUUAACAUUUUAGGAGUUUAUUUCUUGAACCACUGUAGUAAGAACACCUGAUUAUGCAACUGUUGAGGGAGUUCCAGGAUUUUGACCCAGCAACACUGAAGGAACAGUGAUAUACUCCCAAGUGAAUGGUGACUGGCUCAGAUGGGAAUAUACAGGUUGUAGUGUUUCCAGAUAUCUGUGGCCCUUGUCCUUCAAGUGGAAAUUGUGGGUUUGGAAGUUGCUGUCAGAGAACCCAUGGUGAAUUUCUGCAGUGUAUCUUGGAGAUGGUAAACAUUGUUGCUACUGACCUUUGAUUGCAGAUGUUCAUGUAUGUGGUGUCAACCAAAUGGGCUGUUUAGUCCCAGUGAUGUCAUGCUUCUUGAGUGUUUUUGGAGCUGCACUCAUUCAGACAAGUGGGCAGUAUUACAUCACACUCCAAACAUAUGGUGGACAGGCUUUAGGGAGACAGGAGAUGAGUUACAUGCUGCAGGAUUCCUAGCCUCUAGCCUUCUGUUGUAGCCGCAGUAAAUAUAUUGCAAGCACAGUUCAAUUUAUGGUAAAUGAUAACUCCAGAAUGUUAAUAGUGGGAGAAUUGAGUGAUGGUAAUCCCAUUAAAUGUCAAAAAAUGAUCGUUAUAUUCUCUCUUGUUGGAGAUCGGCACUUGUAUGGCACGAAUGUUACCUGCUGCUUGUCAGCCCAAGCUUAGAUAUUGUUCAGACCUUGUGGCAUUUUGGAUGUGCCCUGCUCAGUAUCUGAGGAAUUGUGAAUUGUGCUGAACAUUGUGCAAUAAUUAGUGAACAUCCUCACUUCUGAACUUAUGUGGAGUGAAAGUUAUGAACGAAGCAGCUGAAGACAGAGACCAUGCUGAAGAACUCCCACAGAGUUGUCCUGGAGCUGAGAUGAUUGACCUCUAACAACUACAUGCAUAUUUCUUUGUGUCAGGUAUGAAUCCAAUCAGCAGAGAGUUUUUCCCUCGGUUCUUAUUGUCUGUCAUGUUGCUAGUGCUACUUGUUGUCAGGUUCGGUCAAAUGUGGCUUUGAUAUCAAGGUCAGUCAAUUUCAGGAACAAUUACAGCAUCCGCAGUUCUUUUGGUUUUUAUUCAGUCAAUUUCACCUCACCUCCAGAAUUCAGCUCUCUUGUCCAUGUUUAAACUGUAGUUGUGAUGAGGUCACAUGUUGAAUGGUCCCGGUGGAAACCAUAUUGAAUAUCAAGGAGGAAUUUCUUCCUAAGCAAAUGCUGCUUGAUGGCCCCUUCCAAGACUUUACUGAUGAUUGAUGGUAGAGUGUUGAGCAGUAAUUGGUCAGGUUGAUUUUCCACAUUGCCGCGCAGUUGCCAGUGUUUAGCUAAAAUAAAACAGCUUCACUAAGGGGACAGCAAGUUCUGGAACACAAGUCUUCAAUACUUUUGCCAGAAUAUUGCCAGUGCCUUCAUAUUAUUCUGUGCCUUUGCCAUUUCAUGAUUUCAUGUGGAGUAAAUCGAAUUGGCUAAAAACUGUUCUGAAGGAGGCUGCAAUGGCUCAUCAUUUCGUCACUUCAGGCAGAAGAUUGUUGCAAAUGCUUCAGACUUAAAUUUUGCCCUAAUGUAUUGGUCUUCCCUGUCAUUGACAAUGGGAAUAUUUGUGUAGCCACCUCCUUCUGUGAUUUGCUUUAUUAUCUUCCACCAUUCACAACUGGAGGUAGCACGACAGCAGAGUUUAGAUCUGCUCUGUUGGUGAUAGAAUUGGUUAGCCCUGUCUCUCGCUUGUUGUCUCAGCUGUUUGCCAUGCAAUUAGUCCUGUGUUGUAGCUUCACUGGGUUGACAAUUCAUUUUUAGGUAGCCUAGUGAAACAGGCAAGCUGUUCAGCACUCUUCAUUGGACCAGGAUUGAUCCCCUGGCUUGAUGGUCAUGGUGGAGUAGGAGGAUACACCAAACCAUGAGACUACAAAUUUUGUUUGAGUAAAUUUCUACUGCUGAUGAUGGUGUACAGUGCAUCAUGGAUGUCAGUCUUGAGUUGCUAAAUCUGUUUGAAGUCUAUCCCACUUAACAUAUUGAUCAUGGCACACAGCAUGAAGGAGGGUAUUCUCUGUGUGAAGAAGAGACUUCACCUUUACAAGGACUGUGUGGUGGUCACUGCUACUAAUACCAUCCCAGACAGAUGCGUCUGUGGCAGGCAGAUUGGUGAGGGUGAGGUCAAUAUGGUUUUCCGUCUUGUUGGUUCCUUCACCAAUUGCUAACAGACCCAGUCUAGCAAUAUCCUUCAGUACUCAAUGCAUUGGUCAGUAGUGAUGCUGCUGAGCCUGUAUUGGUGAUAGACAUUGAUUACACAGAAUACAUUCUGCAUUCUUGCUAUCCUCACUGCUUCCUCCAAAUGGCAUUCAACAUGGAGAAGGGGUAGGGUGGGACAUGUUAAUCAGCAAGAGCUUUCCUUGUCCAUAUUCAGCCUGGUACCAUGAGACAUCAUAGGGUCUGAAGUCAAUUUUGAGGAUCCCCAGCGCAACUCCCUGCUGACGAUAUGCCAGUGGGGCAAGACAUGUCCGGGGUUUGGGGUGGUGUUGUUUCAGACAUUGUGUGUAAGGUAGAUGAGUAUGAUUAUGUUAUUUUGUUCCUUGACUAGUCUGUCAAACAUUUACUGCAAUUUUGACACUAGCCCCAGAUUUUGGUAACAAGGACUUUGUGGCUUUGACGGGGCAGAUUUUGUCAUUGUAUUUCUGAUGCUUGGGUUGAUGCCAAGUUGUCUGUUCAAUUUCAUGCAUUUCUUGAAGCUUUUUGAUGGUUUGAAUGGCAUUCUAGGCUAUUUAGGCAGAGAGUUAAGAGUCAAUAACAUCGCUGUGAGUCUGGUCACAUGUAGGCCGAACCAGGUCAGGAUGGUAGUUUGCCUUCCAUAAAGAACAUUAAUGAGCCUAUAUGUUUUAAGAUCAUGUUUUCAUAAUUAUCAUUGCAUUUUUAAUUCCAGAUUUUUCAUUGAUUUCAAAACCCACAAACUACCCUGGUGGGAUUCAAACCUAGCUCCCCAGAAUAUUAGCUGCAUCUUUACUCACACUGCACCCAUCACUUCCCCAGUAUAAUUUAUACAGUAUGCCUCUGACAGAACAGUCUAACUAACAGUAUAGGGACCAUUCCAAAAUAAGUUCCUUUUCCUCUGUGUGAAUCCUAACAAUAUACUAAUUCAAAAGAGAAUUCUUAUGGCCCAUAUCUUCUGGUGCCAAUUGCCUUUGUCCUUUGCAAUACACUGAAAUAUAAUUUGUAUGAAAAAGCACUGAAACAACAUAUUUAACUUUUCUGUCUGCCAGCACUCCAUAGCGCAAGACACACUCUAACAGAAGUAACAUUGCACAGUAUUGCUUCUGUUAAGAUAUCAAUAAAAGAUAAGUUAAUGCAUUCUGCUUUGGAAUUAAGUUUCUGUUCUUCAAAUCCAACAUUUGACAUUAGUAUUACUGCUAGUGCUGGUGGGGAGAUGAAGAGUUCUAUAAGUAAUGUCAUUGGGCUGAUAAAGUGAAUGCUGAUAAAGAGAAAGGAGUUCUAAUUUGAACAUGUGCAAUUGUUAAUGCUAAUAAAGGAGAACCUAAAUUGAUGGCACGUCUUACCAGUUGUUUCCUUCAAUAAUUCUACAUGCCAAGAAACAGUUUCUAAAAUUAAGCAUGUAAAUGGCAAAGAAUUAAAAAGCCUUUCACCAAAAUAAUGCAAAACUCCUGUGCAAGGUCUCCUGUACCUUGGUGGUUAACUAACAGAAGCCUUUUUAUAUUCAUUCACUUACAGGAUAUGGGUAUCGCUAUCUGGGUUGUAUUCCUGUAUAUCUGCUGUCCUUAUCCUUCUCGAUAAUAUUGUAUUCCUGUAUAUCUGCUGUUCUUAUCCUUCUUGAUAAUAAUGGUCAUGGUUUGGAAGGGCUGUCUAAGGAGCCUUGGUGAAUUUCUGCAGUACAUCUUGUAGCCAGCAUGCAGUACUGCAACUGAGCAUCAGUAGUAGAGGGAAUUGAUGCUUGUGGUGCCAAUCAAGCAGGCUGCUGUAUCCAGGAUAGUGUCAAGUUUCCUGAGUGUUUUUGUGUGUGCACUCAUAGAAUACCUAUGGUAUGGAAACCGGCCAUUUGGCCCUUCAAGUCCACACCAACACUCUGAACAGGAUCCCACCCAGACUCAUCCCCCUGUCCCUGUAACCCUGCAUUUCCCAUAGCUGACCCACUUUGCCUGCACAUCCCUGGACACUAUUGGCAAUUUAGCAUGGCCAGUCCACCUAGCCUGCACAUCUUUAGACCAAUGCAGGAUACCUGAGUACCUGCAAGAAACCAAUACAGACACAGGGAGAACAUGCAAAUUCCACACAAGCAGUCACCUGAGACUAGAAUCGAACACAGGUCCCUGGCACUGUGAGGUAGCAGUGCUAAGCACUAACCCACGUUCCACCCCUCGUUUGGGCACUCCUGAUGUGUGCCUUGUGGAUGGUUGACAGUGUUUGGGGACUCAGGAGGUGAAUUAUUCACCGCAAGUUUCCUAGCCUCUGACCUGUUCUUGUAGCCACAGUCCAGUUCAGUUUUUGGUCACUGGUAACCCCAGAAUGUUGAUAGUGGGGAAUUUAGUGAUGAUGAUGCCAUUGAAUAGAACAUAGAACAUAGAACAUAGAACAGUACAGCACAGAACAGGCCCUUCAGCCCACAAUGUUGUGCCGACCAUUGAUCCUCAUGGAUGCACCCUCAAAUUUCUGUGACCAUAUGCAUGUCCAGCAGUCUCUUAAAUGACCCCAAUGACCUUGCUUCCACAACUGCUGCUGGCAACGCAUUCCAUGCUCUCACAACUCUCUGCGUAAAGAACCUGCCUCUGACAUCCCCUCUAUACUUUCCACCAACAUGCUUAAAACUAUGACCCCUCGUGCUAGCCAUUUCUGCCCUGGGAAAUAGUCUCUGGCUAUCGACUCUAUCUAUGCCUCUCAUUAUCUUGUAUACCUCAAUUAGGUCCCCUCUCCUCCUCCUUUUCUCCAAUGAAAAGAGACCGAGCUCAGUCAACCUCUCUUCAUAAGAUAAGCCCUCCAGUCCAGGCAGCAUCCUGGUAAACCUCCUCUGAACCCUCUCCAAAGCAUCCACAUCUUUCCUAUA